AUGUCAAAUACAGAAGAAGAUACUACUACUACUACUGUUUCAGUAGAUUCAAUAGACAAAGCAGUCAAGAACAAUAAACGUGGAAGAGAUGAUGUAGACAUGGCAGUUGACAAUGGAGAUGAAAUCAUAGAUGAUGAUGGACCAAAUAAGAAACCAACCUUUGCUCAAAUCACUGUUGAACAACAGGGAGACAUACAUAUUAGAAAAAUAUUGAUUCCACCAAAUAGAAUGACACCAUUAAAAGAACAUUGGAGAGAAAUAUACGAACCUAUCGUUACACAUUUAAAGUUACAAAUUAGAAUGAAUCUUAAAACUAAAAGAGUUGAAAUUAGAACAUCAAGUGCAACCAAUAAUGUAGCUGCUUUACAAAAGGCAGUUGAUUAUGUACAUGCUUUUGCUUUAGGUUUUGAAACUCAAGAUUCCAUUGCUUUAUUGAGAUUAGAUGAUUUAUAUGUAGAUUCAUUCGAUGUUUUGGAUGUUAAAAUUUUAAAGGGAGAUAACUUGGCUCGUGCAAUUGGUCGUAUCGCUGGUAAAGAUGGAAAGACUAAAUUUACAAUUGAAAAUACUACAAAGACUAGAAUUGUUUUGGCUGACAAACGUAUUCAUAUUUUAGGUUCAUAUGCUAAUAUUAGAGUUGCCAAGGAUGCUAUUUGUGAUUUGAUUAUUGGUUCACCACCAGGCAAGGUUUAUGCUAGAUUGAGAACAGUUGCCAGUCGUGUUGCUGAAAGAUUUUAA